AUGUCUAUCAUAGCGCAGUCCAAUGAUGGGCAUCAUGCGCGUUUCGUUUUGCGCGUAACGGGAGCGUCAGGGCUGAAGCAGCCGACGUUGCCGAUGGAUCCAGAGCAUCGGCCCUUUGUUGUGUGUGAGGCAGAGUGGGCCUCAGACAGGGACUGUGGCACGAGAAUAGGUGGUGAGGAACGGCCAACGCCUGGAGCCGCCUGUGCCACGGCCACGCCGAAGGGAGGUGGAGAUGAUAGAUUGGCAUUGGCACUCUACCCCACGCUGGGUGCGGCGCAGGAAAUGAGGAACAGGCUAGCAACCUGCCUGAUUGGGCCAAGUGCGGCACCCUCAAACACCAGCCCGUGUGGCGCCGCCAAUGGGAGCCCGCCAGCCCGCCAGCCCAGCACAGGGCCCGGCAAAGGACCAGCCGCUCGCGCAGCGCAGUGGAUCAAAGACGCCCCGACCACCCGCACGCGCUCUCUUACUGCCACUCCAACGACAACGGCCAGCCACACAACCGCUGCCGGGUCUGUCUACACACACUGGCACAUAGACGCGGGCGCUUGA